AUGGCCCCUCUACAUCUGAGAGUCGAGGGACAGACCUUUCGAGACCCUCACAAUCGGGAGGUUACGCUAAGAGGGAUAAACCUUGCGGCUGAUGCGAAGUACCCAAAGACACCCGACAUCCCCUCAUACAUUGCCGAGAAGUUCUUUGACGGGGACAAUGUCUCAUUUGUUGGACGUCCCUUUCCACUGGAAGAUGCCGAUAUUCAUUUCAAACGGCUUCGGAAAUGGGGUUAUAACACUAUCAGGUACAUCUUUACCUGGGAAGCCAUUGAGCAUGCGGGACCGGGAGUUUACGACCAUGAGUGGGUUGCAUACACCAUAGAAGUUCUCCGGAUAGCUAAGCAAUACGAUUUCUGGGUCUUUAUGGACCCGCAUCAGGAUGUGUGGUCUAGGUUCUCGGGAGGAUCUGGGGCACCGAUGUGGACGCUCUAUGCAGCGGGACUAAACCCUAAAAGCUUCAGAGACACGGAAGCCGCCUUGGUACAAAACACAUACGAUGUCCCCGCCGAGUUCCCCAAGAUGAUCUGGAGCACAAAUUAUACUAGACUGGUUUGUCAAACCAUGUUUACCUUGUUUUGGGCUGGGCGGGACUUCGCUCCUAAGGCAAUCAUCGAUGGGAUGAACAUCCAAGAUUAUCUCCAGAACCACUUUAUUGAUGCAUGUGCAUACUUAGCACGAAGAAUUCAUGAAGCGGGUGAUCUUGAUGGCGAAGUGAUCAUUGGCUGGGAAAGCAUGAAUGAGCCUCAUCGUGGUAUCAUUGGUUUUCAAGACAUUUCAGUAAUUCCGCCGGAGCAGCAACUUCAACUUGGGACUUCACCAACCGCAUUCCAAGCAAUGCUCACCGGCUCAGGCAAGGCUUGCGAACAGACAACAUGGGCAUUUGGAAAUUUCGGUCCCUACAAGACUGGCACAAACCUUGUAGACCCGGCAGGCGAGAUAGCCUGGUUGCCAACUGACUACGAUGAUAGCAAAUAUGGCUGGCAACGAGACCCUGGGUGGAAACUUGGAGAGUGCAUCUGGGCUCAGCAUGGAGUUUGGGAUCCGGCCACAGACACCCUUCUACGGAAAGAUUACUUCUCAAAGAACCCUCAGACGGGUGAGCCACUUGACUAUGACAGAUUUACCAACACAUAUUUCUUGAAUCAUUACCGAGUAUACAAAAAUGCCAUUCGAGGAAUCUGGCCGGACGCAAUAAUGUUCUGCCAGCCACCUGUGAUGGAGGUACCGCCAGAUCUUAACGGCACUGCUGAUGACGACCCUAAUAUGGUCCAUGCGGUUCAUUUCUAUGAUGGAUUAACUCUUUUGACAAAACAUUGGAACCGACUCUACAAUGUGGAUGUUAUUGGUGUUCUCCGGGGCAAGUACCUCACCCCUGCCUUUGCGCUCAAAGUUGGCGAGACGGCCAUUCGCAACUGUUUGCGUGACCAGCUCAAGUUCCUCCGCGAUGAAAGCCGAAUUUACAUGGGCAGUCAUCCGGUGGUAUUUACGGAGAUUGGGAUUCCAUAUGACAUGGACGACAAAAAUGCAUACAAGACUGGAGACUAUAGUAGCCAAACCAGCGCUAUGGAUGCAAAUCAUUUUGCACUGGAGGGCAGUACUUCCAAUGGCUUUACUCUGUGGGUUUAUGUCACGCAAAACGACCACGAAUGGGGUGAUCACUGGAAUGGGGAGGACCUGUCUAUAUAUUCUCGCGACGAUCUCGAACUGCCAGCAGGAUCCACCACCUGCCCACUUGACACCCAUUCCCCGGCCUACUCCGAAAGUCAGAGUAGCUCAACAGAGCCAAAUAUUGGACCUCGUGAUCUCAAAGGUGCUUUGUCAACUCCCUCGAUCUCCAGUGACCUCUCCCAGUCAUCCUUACGACAGCAAGGCUAUCGUGCCGCAGAGGCAUAUAUCCGCCCGAGUCCAACAUACGUGAGCGGAAAGUUGGAUAGUCAUGUUUUCGAUCUCAGGAAUUGUGCCUUUACUCUAUCGCUGACGGCUGAAGGGGCAACCGCCACGACUGCCCCGACCGAAAUAUAUCUUCCCGAGUUCCAUUUCCCAGGGAGUAACAUCGUGGUUGCAGUCAGCGGCGGCAAGUGGGACAUUGACGUCCAGGACAUCCAGGGUGUCAAGCUACAACGCCUGCGAUGGUGGCAUGCCGAAGGACAACAGGAUAUCAAGAUUGAGGGACUUAAGCGCAAACCUGGGGAGUUUGCUAAUCCUGGAGGCCAAGAUGUCAGCUAUCUGGAACAAUGCCAGAAGGGCCAGUGUGUCAUAAUGUGA